AUUUUACAAGAUUUUUUAAAUAUUUGUACUUAAUUAAAUUCAACUUAAGAACCAUACUUUGGUCAAACUCUAACAUUAAAAAUGUUAGACUACACUGCUGGUUACAAAAUAAGCAUGCAUUGUUAUACUAUUUUCAGUUUAAAUGUCCUGUAACUAAAAGCCUCAUUUGACAAGGAUGCAUUCAGUAGUUUUUGCUUCUUUACUCUCUUCCAAAUCAGUAUUUAAUAUCCGUGAUAAUGCUGCAAAAUCAUUUGGAGGGUCAUGAUGUCCUCAGUCAUGUAGAUGCAGCGUUGGUCUGUAGGUCUGCAGGCUAUCAGAAGAAGGGAGCUGUGUGUGCACACAUUCAGAAUAACAGUAAUAACAGCUAGUCCGUGUCUAUCAGUACAAAUUCCCACUUUAACAAAUGUAUUAGUAUGGAAUUGUUGAGUUUUGGAGUUUAUCCAACAAAAAAACCCACAAAAAAUCCACUAAAUUGUGUCAGAAUAUCUGUUCUCCCUCUUGCUGCUCAUCAUAGUUUUCACUCUACUGUAGGUUGGAAUUCUGCACUAAGUCACAUCUAAGAGCUAAAUUCUUCUAAGAUGGAGCUCCUCACAGACAGAAUCUUUUCAACAUGGAGGAAGCUCUGCGCCUUUGGCUGCUGCUUCCUUCAGCCCACUGUGAGGGAGAUGGCUAAAAACUGCAGGCAGUUGCUGCAUGUCGUGUCCACACUGUCAGCUCUGAAGGGGGAGUUCCUCUCUCUCUCUCUCUCUCUCUCUCCCUCGCUCUGCCUCUCUCUCUCACAGCUCAGCAUCUCCACUCUCACGAUGUGUAAAUCCACUGGUCUGAUGCUCCACAGAGGCACCAUCCAGUGCAUCUGAGCUACUUGUGGGAAGGAUUUGAGUCACAGCUCCUGCGAGGGCCUGCUUCAAAAAUGGCAUCCACAAUAGACUAGCAGUGAUCUGGACCGCAGCCACAGCAGCGAUGAAUGCGUCUGAUGAGUCCUCCUACCAAGAGGAGGUGCUUCUGGGUAACUCCACCUGGGCUUACUCCUACUAUCACCAAAACUACACCCUGCCCCCUUCACUGCUACCAGAUAAGACCAGCACUUCCAAACCUGCAGCAUGCGAACAGGUCCACAUCGCUGUGGAGGUCUUUCUGAUCCUGGGUAUCAUCUCCCUGCUGGAGAACAUCCUGGUCAUCACCGCCAUAGUAAAGAACAAGAACCUCCACUCACCCAUGUACUUCUUUGUCUGCAGUCUGGCAGUAGCGGACAUGCUGGUGAGUGUGUCCAACGCCUGGGAGACCAUCAUCAUUUACCUCCUCAACAACAGACAGCUGGUGGUGGAGGACCACUUCAUCAGGCAGAUGGACAAUGUGUUUGACUCCAUGAUCUGCAUCUCUGUGGUUGCGUCGAUGUGUAGCCUCCUGGCCAUCGCUGUGGACAGGUACGUCACUAUCUUCUAUGCACUGAGGUACCACAACAUCAUGACAGUGAGGAGAGCCGGCUGCAUCAUCGGCGGUAUCUGGACCUUCUGCACGGGCUGCGGGAUCGUCUUCAUCAUCUACUCAGACACCACCCCCGUCAUCAUCUGCCUGGUCUCCAUGUUCUUCGCCAUGCUGCUCAUCAUGGCCUCCCUCUACAGCCACAUGUUCAUGCUGGCGCGCUCGCACGUCAAGCGCAUCGCCGCCCUUCCUGGCUACAACUCCAUCCACCAGCGGGCCAGCAUGAAGGGGGCCAUCACGCUGACCAUCCUGCUGGGGAUCUUCAUCGUCUGCUGGGCUCCCUUCUUCCUCCACCUGAUCCUGAUGAUCUCGUGUCCGCGGAACCUCUACUGCGUGUGCUUCAUGUCGCACUUCAACAUGUACCUCAUCCUCAUCAUGUGCAACUCUGUGAUUGACCCGCUGAUCUAUGCCUUCAGGAGUCAGGAGAUGAGAAAGACUUUUAAAGAGAUCAUCUGUUGUUACAGUCUGAGAAACGCCUGCACCAACAUCUGUGCUCUGACAGGUAAGUACUGAGAGACACAGACCAGUGGCAGGAUGGGUAGGAUGAACUGACUGAAUCUGACACUGGAGCAACACCAUGAGAGAUUUUAUCAAAGUACACUGUUUGAGAACUGGUUCAUUGCACGUCUCAGCCAGUACAGUGUAUAGUCAAGCACAUUUUUGUCUUCUGGGGGACACUCACAGUAUGUAGGACGGUUAAACUACUAGCUCCUAAUGUAUCUGCCAUGUACACAAAGUGGCUAGUUUAUUAGGUACAUUAUUUGAACACACAGCCAGGGCCAUUUGAAAUCAUGAUUCAUUUGAAAGUGCGUCACGGAAAGCUGUAUAUGGCCUUUCUUUCAUUCUAGCUGACACCUCUGUUAUUCUUCUGCUUUAGCCUUCUAUUUAGUGAGCUGUUAUUACACUCUACUAUGACUAUUGUCAUUAGUAAACCUUAAAUGCUGUUGUGUAAGAGCGCUUAUAUACUUGCUUUUAACUGCUGUACUUGUUAGCGUGCACAUGAUGGCUACCAUGCAUUCGUGUUGCUUUGGAGCAGUGGUUGUGCACUGCGCAUGAAGUGAAGUCAAAAACAAUUGGGGAAAGUUUUGUAGGGAAUCUAAUAGAGCUUGUCUGCAGUUACCCACAUUCAUAUGUCUCUCACUGCUGCUGCUUUUUGUGCUGUGAUCUCAACUCCAGGGAUUUUACACAUCAAAGUCUGUGUACAGUUGUUACUACUGCAUAAGAGAAAAAAGUUGCAUAAAGCCUUUUGUGGCUCCAGAGGGAGCUGUGUGAAGCCUGACAAAUUGCCUCAAGUGAUGUCAAUUGAGUUAGUGUCGAUUGGGGCUGAAGGCUACAAAUUUGAAAAUGAAAAAAUCUGGAGGUGUGGAGUCAGAAAGAUGUGAUUCGUCUGGCAAAAAAGCUGAACCUGGCUCAACUUUUGUAGCAACGCAGUGCAGCGUUGGCACACAUUCCUGGUAGAUUACUUUGUAAUGUUGAUGCUGUACUUCUACUGUUAACCUCGUGAUCAUUGUGAUUAAAAAUAAAAUUAUUUACUUUUCAGAGUAAAAUUCUUCCUUAUAAUAUGACUUCAUAAUCCUUCCUCAUUGUCUCACUGGUACCUAAAGCAACAUACCCUCAUCAACGCAGCCCCUUCCAUUUUUUAAUGUAGGGCUGUUUUCGGUCUAAAAGGCCAUUUAGUUGUUUGUUCAAAUGAGUAAAAUGAGCUAUGUUUAGCUAAGUAUGACCUAGUGGCGGUGUGAAUUAGGACUCUUUUAUGUCAGGAACCAAAGCGGAAGUUGUUAUUAGUGCCACAAUAGUUCAUAAAAAGGAGGUUGAAAUGUACGUCAUGGAGUGAAAACACCGGAGAUUGCUGUUUGUUGCCCAUUUCCUAACAGCAGUCAACGCUGUUUUUUUUAAACCAUGACCACAAUCUCUUCCUAACAUUAACCAAGUAGUUUUUUGUCUGAACUUAACCAAACCUGAGGAAGAUCAGAAAACGGGUCAAAUGAAUCCUUUUUUUGUAUUGUAUUUAUUUUUGUAACAGUUUUAUAAGGUACUGACAAAUAAUAAUGUCCUGCUGCUAGAAGCAUCAGAUGAAAAAUGCUUUUAGAUGCCAUUUUGUAAGACAAUAACAAAUGACUUAUUGCCGUUUAGUGCAGAGGACCUGUUGGAAAAAUGCCAUUUUUUUAACCUUUAUUCAUUCAGGGAAGUUUCACUGAGAGCGAUGCUCUCUUCUGCAGGAACGCCGUGAUGACAUUCGCACAGUCACACACAUUCACACCUGGAAGCUGCCCAGUACAACCACAGUCUGAUCUGCUAAUGGUCACAAGCUGAGCUUGCUUCUCUAACCGUACCACUGCCUAAAAAAAAAAAGCAAGUAUAUAAGAGCUCAAGUACCACAAAGGCAAUCUUGUGUUAAAUGAAAAAGAGGAAAGCUCACAGAGGUUUUCAAACCAAUAUUUAAUCCAACUAUAUACAUUUCUUAAGAUUCACUCCUGAACAGAUCAUUUUCCUCCUAAUGUAACUAACAGAGUGUCUGUCCCUUUGGUGGAUUAUGUGUUUACACCUCUAGCAACCUGAGAAACCACCACACAUUACUUGUCUAUGGCCUCAGACAUGUGUUACCGGGUUCGUUAUCAUUGUGUGGGGACGACAUCACCUGUCCACAGCCGAUUGUUCUGCCGCUGCUGUAUGCCCUUCCUCCCCUAGUGCUACAGUUAACAAGCAGCUUCCUCAGAUAUGCCAACGCUCAGUAGCAAUUUACAUUUCUCCUGUAUGUAUCUUGUAUCAUAUUAAUUAUAGCUGCUCUAUUCUAUCAAUGUGCCCCCUGAUGAUCUCUUCAUACCUGUCCUGUAUUAAACUAUGUAAAGACGCCAUAAGCUUACUUAUGAAAUGUAAAAAUGAAUGUACAAAUAAUUUCACAGUGCUCUCUGUAAGAGUGUGUUAGUGGCGCCUACCUCCCAGCUGAGAAGCUUGACAGAACUUAAUCACAAAAUGCAAGCACCUGCUGAAACUGCUUUUCAUAACAAAUGCCAUGCAUCAUUUCUCUGUGGUAGAUACUAAGCAUUUGUUUUCCAGUGUAACAUAGUAAUAUUUAUUGCAAAAAAAGAGCAAGCCAUUUGUAUUAUUUGUAUCUUCAGACUGAUCCAUGACAUUUUUAUGCAUAUAGGCAGUGAGAUAUGUUUCUGGAACAAACAUGGAGAAAACAGUAUUAACCGUUGGAUGCUUUUUUUCUGUAUUGUGUUGUAAUUGCCUUGCUGUAGCUUCCAUUAAUGUUUAUUGUAAGAAUUGUGAGAUCAAAAGAGCAUAUGGAUAUGCACAGAAAUGCAUGGAAAAGUGCUUUUAUUAAAACCAACGAUAUAUGUUUUUUUCUUUUUGCUAUAGGUUUAUUUAAUGAAGAAAAAAACUGUAAUAAUUCCAUUUUGCUCACUGUACGUUCACCUCCAACAUGACAUAUCUGUGAUAUCGCUGAUUGUGAAGUACUCAGUUCUUCUUCCCACAGAAACAGCAGCAAAAACAUUGAAUGUGAUGUGACACUGGACAGAGGUGACACCGAAAUGCUAACUGCAUGCUCAGUUCUACGUUUAUGUACAGUGAGACAAUAUAAACAGCUGUGGGGACAUAUUUGACGUUACUUAAUAGUAAAGUGAUGGCAUGCAAAAAUAUAAAUGUGAACAGCAGCUGAAAUGACUGAUGUUGGCCAUGUUGCUUGAAAUGAAUUAUUUUAUUUGUAUGUGUCUGAAUAAAAGCAAAAGGUAAAAUGG